AAGAGCAGGGUCUUCACAAAGAUGCGUUUGUAGAAUGGGUCAUUUUCUGAUGGCCAUUGGAAGGACAUUGUUGCCAGCAAAGUGAGCAAGUUGGCCUGGUCAAUCCAAAGUCAUUGAUGGAGAAAGAGAGAAAAAAAGAGCGAGGGAGUUUGUGUGUGUGUGUGUGUGUGUGUGUGUAUGUGAAGAAGACCGAGGGGAAGAAAUUCAUUAUAUUAUUUGGGGGCUAUCUAUGCUUCGGGAUAAAGGUAUCUCCGAGGUCAAAUGUAUCAUCACCAAGGAAUGGAUACCAUGGCGCCACAUCCGGGCCGGCAUGGCAUAUUUUUCAGGCAACUGUUUCAAAGCAAGGCUUGCGGAUGGGUGUUGGGAGGCAAGGAAAAAGUCAUUAUGCCCAUUGAGCAGAAGCUGGUGCAAGGAAAACAAUACCUGCCACUGAUCUUGUAU